AUGGAUGAUGAUUAUGAUGAGAUAGGCGAAUUUCUGGAGAUAUUAUAUGGAGAACGUGAGACACCAUCGUUACUAGGAGAUGCAGAAACGACACGUCCGUUGAACAUCAAUGCUCGUCCCGAGCCUUUACCAUCUCAAGUUCAAGACCAACCACCGCGACCACAACUGUCGUUAUCGUCUAGAUCACAUGAUAUACAAGAUCUUGAUGAUCAGUCUAGGCUAUUUGGAUACAACGAGCCUAAUGUUUCUUUAUGUGAAACAAGGAACAGGACUGCUCAGUUUCAACGUGGACACUCUCAAUCUCAGGAACUAAACACACCAUUUGAAGCAGAGAGCGUAAAUUCUUUAUUUGCAUCCACUGAAACGGACCAGAACUUAUACACAGUGCCACCACAUAAUUUCGGAUAUGGUGAGCCCAUUGGUUCUUUAUGUGAAACUAGUAAUAGGACUUAUCAGCUUCAACGUGGACACUCUCAAUCUCAGGUAUCAUCAAAUAUGAUCUUACCCGUUUCAUCUGCUCAAAAGUGUCCCUCCUUUUUAUAA